AUGUCUGGAGCGGAAGGUUUUAAUAUCACAUCUCCCAGCCAAAACACAAUCUUCUCUGGCUAUCGGAAUAAUAAUGGCUCCCCCGUGGGACUGCACUGGGUGUUACAGGAAGAGCCUUCAAUUGUUGCCACUAAAAUAAUGCUAAAGAAAGUAGUGCCUCCCGUGCUCAUUAUGUUAGGCACUAUCGGCAACGCCCUGGCUCUAGCCGUUCUUCAUAGGAGUUCCACUCUCCGACAGAGUUCCGUUUGGUACUACCUCAAGGCGUUCUUCGUGGCCUCCGUCCUUGUCCUUUACUUGGGCGCGGGGCUUGACUGGUUGUGCCUUAUGGCCCGUCUCACGCCCUUGUGGAACGUCACCGACGGGCUGUGCAGGAUCGGUCAGUUCUUUUGUAACGUUGUGUUCUUCUCUCCGAUCUGGUUUUGCGUGGCCAUGGUCAUUGACAGGUACAUCAGCAUUUGUCAUCACCGCACAGCGGAGACCUUCUGCAACAUGUUUUCGGCCAAAAUCUCCAUCAUUUCCAUUCAGAUAGGAUUGAUCUUGGUAAGCAUUCACGCGAUGUGGACUGUCGAACUCCAUGCGGAAUACGGCUGUACCAUUCCUCAUGAAAGACAGGAUUUCCACUCUAUCGUAUGGCCUUGGGUGUCAGGCAUUAUUUACACGUUUCUUCCUUUGUCCCUGUUAAUUUUAUUCAACACGGUGUUGUUUAUUGCGAUUUGCAAUAAACACAAAUGUCAAAACUCCGAACCUAGUGUGAGAUCCUCAAGCUUCGACAACGGUAAAUUGAGCAUUGCGGCUCUGACAGUGGCCACUACCUACCUGCUUCUCGCGCUGCCGGCCACAACAAUGAAUGUGUUUAUGACACAGGCCCCUGCCCAUAUGAUUAGAACUCGCCUGGAGUACCUUCAGCUUGAAUUUCUGGGUGAGAUUUUCCAGCUGUUGGCUGUUCUGAAUCACGCCAUCAUGGGCAUGGUGUGUUUCUGUAGCUCGAUGGAAUUCCGGCGCGAAACCUGUCGGCUGUUUUUAAAAAAGGCCCAAAGGGCUAGUAUCGAACUCUCGUUGGACGAAUGCACGUGCAAGUACAGACCGAGUAACGGGUCUGUUCCAGUCAUCCACUCCGAUAACUCACAAUUGUGA